AUGAAGCUGUUCUUGGCUGGACUGGCGAUUACGCUAUGCUGCAGAAUUCUACUCUGCACAAGCACUACUAGUCCAGGCUCCUCAUCAACCUACGGUAUUGGUUUGAACACAAAUGGAACCAUAACAUUCCCUGUGUUCCACAUAAACAAUUCCUUCAUAUCUAGAAUGAUCCAGCCAGAAAACAUACCUGCAGACUCCUCCAUUGUAAUAGGGGAUGACAGCAUGCGCAAGAACAAGUAUUUCAUGGGCAUCAACCUUGGCACGCCACCUGUUUUCAAUCUUGUCACCAUUGACACUGGUUCAACUCUCUCCUGGGUUCAGUGUAAGAAUUGUGAGAUAAAAUGCUAUAAACAAGCUGCAAACGCUGGGCAGAUAUUCAACCCUUACAGCUCCUCAACUUACAGUAAACUUGGGUGCUCAGCUGAGGCCUGCCAUGGCAUUCACAUGGACCUUGCUGUUGAGUAUGGCUGUGUGGAAGAGAAUGAUGCUUGUCUCUACAGCUUAAGAUAUGGGUCAGGAGAGUAUUCAGCAGGGUACUUAGGGAGAGACAGGCUCACUCUUGCCAGCAACAGCAGAAUUGACAGUUUCAUCUUUGGCUGUGGAGAAGAUAAUCUUUACAGUGGAGUCAAUGCUGGGAUAAUUGGUUUUGGGACUAAAAGUUUCUCAUUUUUCAACCAGGUAUCGCAGCAGACAGAUUAUGCCGCCUUUUCUUACUGCUUCCCCAGAAAUCAUGAAAACCAAGGGUCACUGACCAUAGGCCCAUAUGGCAGAGAUCUCAAUCUUAUGUGGACGAAAUUGAUUUAUUAUGAUCACAAACCAGUAUAUGCUAUCCAGCAACUUGAUCUGAUGGUCAAUGGAACACGGCUUGAAAUCGAUCGAUAUAUCUAUACCUCCAAGAUGACAAUUGUUGAUUCUGGCACUGCUGAUACAUACAUUUUAUUACCGGUGUUUGAUGCACUGGACAGAGCGAUGACAAAGGAAAUGCAAGCCAAGGGAUAUGCCCGGGGAUGGGAUGAAAGGAAGAUAUGCUUCAUUUCCAACACUGGCUCAGCAAACUGGAAUGACUUUCCAACAGUGGAGAUGAAACUCAUCAGGUCUACCUUGAAGCUGCCAGUGGAAAAUGCAUUCUAUGAAAGCUCAAAUAAUGUAAUUUGUUCUACAUUUCUUCCAGAUGAUGCAGGUGUCCAAGGGGUACAAAUUCUAGGUAAUAGAGCUGUCAGAUCAUUUAAGCUUGUUUUUGACAUCCAAGCCAUGAACUUUGGCUUUAGGGCUAGGGCAUGUUGACAGCUGAGUAGUUUCUACAAGAUAGAAUUAAUAUCUUGGUGUACCAGUCUGGAACUAAUUGUCAGAUCUCAGGCAGUAUAACUGGUGUACUAUGUCACAAACUUACUGCACUUGACCAUGGCCAUUAUAUU